AAAUAAUUUCUGAGUUGUUAGAAGCCCCCACCUCUAUAGGUGGUGGAGCAUUAAAGUCAAGGUGGACGAAAGCAAAUGUUUGGGUUCAUGGCGAUAUUGCAGUUGGAAAUCUCCUUGUGAAGGACGGAAAAUUUGGUGGAGUUAUUGACUUUGGAAUGCUUGGAAUCGGAGACCCAGCUUUGGGGUGCGAUAAAGAUACUUGGAGCAGAGCGAGAGGUGAUAGUGCUAGUUCGGGGAAAUUAUUUAAUGUUUCCGUCGUAGAUUAUGCCCCCACUCUCAAAAAGGCUCGGGUUUCAGUGGGUAAUGUUCCCGUAGGCAUUUAUCGCCAAGGACCAAGGGACCAGAACAGCAGUAGGAGAAAACCGCAAUCAUGGCAUAACCAAACAACCGAACCCGAAAUUUUUAAAGUAUUUCAGCAAGUUCGGCAUAAUGGUAAUUAUUACGCCUCCGUUCGGAAUUUCUUUGCCAAAAUGGUAAUGAAUUUUGGGAUUAAUGACUUAUUUUUGUGCUUAACUAUCAACAACCAACAAAAAAACCUCCAAUUUCGUCGGUCUCCGUGA